GAAUGCUGUAGAGACAGUGUGAUGAGCUCGUUUAUGGUUGUUGCGUUUGGCCUAGGACGGUGCUAUCAUACUUCUAGAGAAUCUGUAGCUGUUGCCCUAACCCACUUUUCUGAGAAAAGGAGGGUGAGGUUUCCAAAGAAAACCGGCACGGUUAGGGAAAAAAAGGCCAAAGAGGAGCGUCACAGGGGGGCGUGUUCCCUCCUCCGUUCUGCAGCGGGGCAGAGCAGUUGGAGCCGGAGCCCGGUGAAGCCCUGCGGCGGUCCGGCAGGCGGAAAGAACCGGGUCUGUCGUUUCUGCAGCUGGGACACUGCGGCCACGCCGGGAAUAUCUCCCCCGCGCAGAGGGGACAGCCCACCUCUGGCCCUCGCCGCCCCCCCCUCUCCAUCAGUCACCAGUGGGCUUCUAUGCAAAUCGUGGUGUUUUGCAUGGGCCGGGAGCCAGGUGGUGCACAGCGCUGCGGGCGAAGACGUGGGGCGGGACAGGCGGGGAGCCGCGGCUUGCUCGCGGAGAUGUACCUGUCCGGGUGACGUCAGGGGAGCGCUAAGACUGAAGCGAGAGGACCCGGGAUCCACGGUUUUGUUUGGGGACAGCAGCGAUUACAGAAGCAGAGGCACUAACGAUGGUGGUGACAUUCGACCCUUCACGCGCAGAUAUGAAGAUGAGCGGCGAGGCUGUGGAGCCGACAGAGACCCAUAACAAUCAAACAGAUGAUGAACGCAAUGGGCUGGACUUCACAAGACAGAUCAAGACGGAAGACCUCAACGACUCUCCCCACUCCGUGUCGGCGCUCAAGACGUGUCACCUGACACAGGGGUCCCCUAUGGGCGGGGGACAGCUUUCUGGGGAACUACCUUCCCUGCAUCCACUGCUGCUGGUGUCUGGCUCCCACCUGACCCCCUCCUCUCCGUUCCUUCUGUCUCAGACCCAGACCAGCCAUCAAGCCUUACUGCAGCAGAACCUCCUUUCCCUGCCCUCCCAGUCCCAGUCAGGCCUGCUCCAGCACCAGCCUGGAUUAGCGCUCACUCCCCAGGCAGUGGGACGGUCAGGCCUGUCGGGGUCUUCUCUGGACGGACACUUGGAGAUGCCGCCUCACCUUCAGGUCCCCAAGCACAUGGGCGCAUCCCAGCAGGAAGAGCCCAAUGACCUGGAGGAGCUGGAGCAGUUUGCCAAGGCCUUCAAACAGAGACGCAUCAAACUGGGCUUCACACAGGGAGACGUGGGCCUGGCCAUGGGGAAGCUCUACGGAAACGAUUUCAGCCAGACCACCAUCUCUCGCUUCGAGGCUCUGAACCUGAGCUUCAAGAACAUGUGCAAGCUGAAGCCACUGCUGGAGAAGUGGCUCAGUGAUGCAGAGAACUCCCCCUCAGACAGCAUGGCAAACGCCACCUCCAUGCCCCCCCUCAUCGAGGGCUUCGGUCGAAAGCGCAAGAAGAGAACCAGCAUCGAGACCAACAUCAAGCUCACACUAGAGAAGCGCUUCCAGGACAACCCCAAACCGAGCUCAGAGGAGAUCACGCUUAUCGCCGAGCAGCUCACUAUGGAGAAGGAGGUGGUGCGGGUCUGGUUCUGUAACCGGAGACAGAAGGAGAAGAGGAUCUGCUGCCCCAUGUCGUCGUCUUCCCUGAAGCCGCCCACCUACAACUCCAGACUGGUUUCCACUUCCAGGUCAUUCAGUCCGCUGGCCGUCUCGCAGGUGCACAGUACCAUGAGUGGAGUGUCGUCUAGUUCAUCUCCCAGCAGUCCCAGUCGAGGCUCCUCCCCUAGUGGCCUGUCGUCCAAUGGCGGCACUCUGACAUCUCAGGGCGGGGCCCAGUCUCUCAACUCCACUGGGCCUUGGUAUCGAGGAUGGAACCACUCCUCCUAUCUUCACUGAAGCGUCUACCCCUCCCAACCCGUUUGGCACCAAGGAUAUUUAAACACCAUGUGAAAAUGCAGUCAGUGUGAAAGAAUUUAUUUUUAAAAAUGCAACACGGUAGAAAGAGCAAAGAUGUGUAAUGCACACAGAACUACUGUCAAAGGUGAACCACUAAAGUUUUUCUUUAUCUGUCUAGAUGAUUAUAAAACAUAUUGGGAAAGGUCCGUCCAGCAUUCUGUGGAACUGCAUUACAUGUCGGUGCUCGUGUACAGUAAAUAAGUCUAAACGUAUGGUUUUUGUGGUGAGAGAGUGCCUUGGGCUGGCACAGUCACAGGACACUGCCAGUCACUAUACCUGGUCACCCAGCCAAUCUGCAGUUCAUUUCUGUCCAGUCCUCUCCGCCACAUCAGAUCAGACUGGAGAAAAACCGAACGCGGCAUUUUGUGGGGCUGAUGUGCGAGUCUCUUGUGCGCCUCAUGGGGUUUAGGCUGCUUCCCGCAAAGGGGUGACGUGUCGACGGGAAGGGAACACGGAUCCCUGCCCGAGUCCGUGCCGAUCGAGGGGCACGCGUGUGGCGGAAAGGUGCGGACUGCAGGAGGGGGGCAACUGACCACUGACUCGCUUGGGGAUCUGUAGCCUGAGCCGACAUUGAAACCCAGAACUCGGGACAGGCGGUAGAUAAGCAGUGCAGAUGGAGCUUCUCAUUCUUUAGUGCUUGGUAACGGUUUUUGGGCUUUUAUCUGAAUAUCCGCUGCGCUAAGGGGGUUCGGACAAACGAGGAUAGGAGGACAGCACGGCUCCUGUAACGAAGGAAGGGGGGAUAGCUGGCAGUACCCCCCCAGUUCAGGGACCCCAACUCUUGGGUAGACUUUAAUCACCAAUUAAUACAACUGAAGUGUCCUGCAACUUUGUUUAAUGUUUACACUGCAAUGACGACUGUACAACUAGAACUAGAAUGCAAAACACAGUCCCUCAUAAAUGUACAUAUGGACACAUCAUCCUGGACUGCUCACCUGUGGAUCAAUAAUGUUAUUUUUAUAACUUAAAUGUUAAACUUCUCUGUAUUUGCAGUAUACAGCUUGAUGAACCUCCUGUUUUGGCUUACAGACAGCUGUGUUUUAAAGGGAAUUUUAUUGUUAUGGCUGUUACUGUGUGAACUGCCAAAAGUUUUAAGUACUUUUUUUUUUAUUUAUUGUAUUUUUCCACAUUUCUGUUGUUGUUGUUGUUGUUGUUGAGUUUUGUUUUCAUCUUUUUAUCUGUAAAAUGAACCUGAAGGACCUUGUUAAACAAAAUGAUUGUUACACACCCCCUUCAUUCACUGGGUGCGAACUAGUGCCUUGAAAAAAACGUAUUACAAGGUGUUGAAGUGCCUAAAGAUUCCUGUAGUGAAGUAAGUCUGCCUUCGAAAGCACAGUCUUUCAAACUGUAGAGCUGGAAUUUGGAAAUGUUUUUUUUUUAUCAUUGUUGGCUUUAGUGAAUAGCUUUGAAGGGGAAUUUUCUUAAUUAAAAUGUUAAUAAAACUUUGUAA